AUGGAAUCAAAACAACGUGAUCAUUUAGGUUCAAACGAUGAAAGCAAUAAUUUAGGAUUAAAUUUUUCGCAAGAAUCUAAUGAAAACAAUGAAAUCGACAACGAAAAUUUCAGUAACCAACAGCCUAGCUUGUUUGAUAAGGAAGAAUUUAAUGGAAUAGGCAAUGAUUUGAAUUUUAAUCAACAGGACUUUAACGAAGUGCUUGAUGUUAUCAAUAAAGAUAUCGAUAAAGACGAGGACAAUAAUGAAUUAAACAACAUUGAAAAAGGAAAAAAUACUGAAUUUAGUGUCGAUGAAAGUUUAAGUAAUAAUACAGAUGGAUCAAAAUUUACUCAGAACAAUCGAACUCAAAGCUCCGAGCGUAGUAAUGGUACUGCUGCUGAAGGGUCAAAUCAAACUCAACCUCAAGCUAGAAGAAGAUUUAAUUUAUUAAAACAAAUUUUACCUUCUUCUUGGCGUGAUAAUGAUUCGUCUGAUGCUGUCAAAGUUGUAUUUCAUGUACACCUUCCAUCUGCUAUAGAAAAUAAAGGUGAUCCAGUCGUAGUAGGUAAUAUUAAAGAAUUAGGAAAGUGGAAGGAGCCAAUUGUUCAACUUCAACAACCAUAUCGGCAUCAUAACUCAACAUAUUGGAUAUCGGAACCAGUGUCAAUACCAAUUUCCGCUUUUGAUGAAGGUAUUAGAUAUAGGUACGCUGUUUAUGUUCCCCGAAAAACAGACAAAAAAAAUAAAGAAUUAGGUGACCUUUAUCAAGAAUCUGGUAUCAAAAAUGACUUUCGUUUCUUGGAAAAAAUCAAAGGUGGCAAUCAGUUUGAUAUAGUAGAUGAAAUAGUAAUUGAUGGUAGUAGAAGCUACAUCAGAGACUUCAGAGAUAUUCGAGAUUUUGAAUUUAUAGAUUAUAUCUAUCAAUCGCUGACCUCUGAAAAUAUCAAGGAAAAAAUUUUAGAGUUUCAAGAUAUCUUGAACAAAUUUUCUAUGUUAACUAUGGCUGCCACCAGUCUUUCAUUUAUUGAAGAUAAUCUUCUGGAGACAAAAUCAAAAGAAAAACGUAUUUUCUUAUGUGUUAUUUUGGGAUAUUAUGUUCAAGAUCGUCAAACAUAUUCACUUGCUAAUUAUUAUUCUUUACGUAAGACUUUCCCUUCAACUCUAUUCAUUGAAUGUCUUGAAAAAUUUCAACCUGAUAAUAUACCCGAAAAAGCACAUGAGGCACUUUUAAUAGCUAUCUCUGCAUUGGUUCGGCAUAAUGCUUUUAACAGUUCAAUUGAUUGGCUUAAAAUGUUUGCUAUUGCUCAUACGGUUGAUCCAAAUUAUUCGUUUAUAGAUGCUUUGAUAGAUUUGAGGUAUAAUGAAGAAACCAUGCAAAAAUUUGUCAAGAAUUAUCUUCCCAAACAAGUAGUGCCAUACAUUACUAGUAUUGAAAAUAAUAAAACAUAUGCUAGGGUAGCUGAUUGGUUGAUCCGUAUGUGUUGUAAUAUCGAUCUGCUCUUAAACGUUUGGGUGGAUAUUAUUGAACACACUCCAGAAAGAGAUGAAUUGCUUCGCAAACCUUUUCUUACUCGUGUUCAGGCAAUUAUCUCAACUGGUGAUGCAUCGGGCUUAAUGAAAUAUCUUGAUAAAGUACCUGUUGAACUUCGAAACGAAGUUGCUGAGGCAUUCCGUAAACGAACUAUACAAUUAUUAGGUCAUAAUUAUCAUGAAUGGAAUAAACAAAAUUCAAAUUCGAUUCAAAAUAUUUUAUUAAAUUCUCAACUUAAUUGGACUAAAGAAGAUUUUCUUGAAGCACUUCGUCAAGUUUCAUUAUCAUCAAAGGCGAAUUUAUUAAUAAUAUUUCCGAAGCUUCUUCAAUUUUGGUUUAAUUUCGAUGAUAUAAGUGAUGAAAUAUCAGAAGUAGUUCUUGAAAUAUGUAAUCAAUGGUAUCAGCAAUUCUUGGAUCAUUUUAAUGACAAUACAUCAAAAGCGCCCGUUGAUGAUCGGAAUUUUGCUUAUGCUGUUCUUGACAAUUUAUCUCAAAUUUAUCCUAUUAUUGGAAGUCAUCAAAAUAUUUUUACGCAAUUGAUUGGUAUUGCCGUAGAUCGUGUUAAACAGUGUUCAGAAAAUCAAAUUUUAAAAGCAACAUCUCUUGUUAUUAAAACCGAGCCUAUUAUUUACAUGCAAUUUGGUGAAAUGGUCAAAGGCAUAUUAAAAAUUUCUGUUAGAGAGGCAGACGACAAUCUUUUAACAAAAAUGCAAUAUAUUUGUGGUUGUAAUUCAAGGAUUCUUAAGAUACCUCAUGAAUUAAUCGAAGAAAUUAUAUGUUAUACCAUGGAGAGAUUACAAAAAAAUUACCCUAUUUCACAAGACAAUAUAGCUUCUACAGUAAUACGUCUACUUCGUUCUGCAAAAUUCUGGACAUUACUUCUUCAUGCAACUGGUCACGUUGAACGAUUGAAUGAACAUCAAUAUGUGAUUCAAGCUAAAGAAAUAAUAUUUAAAUUUUCCGAGAUUAUUAAAACAGAAUCAAUUUCUAUUUGGUCUUUGCAAGAACUUCUGCAAUAUAAUGAUGAAACGUUAUACCAAUUUUUUGAUUCUGCUAAAAGAGAUUCAAAUUCUAUCAUACUGAGUAAAGAAGGUAUACGUAAACUUCGUAAACAAUGUGAAAGUUAUGAAUUAAUAUUGGACCAACUUCGGAUUUUUUACACGCAAUUUUGUCCACUUGGAAAGGUCAAAGAUGUUCAACAAUAUCUUGAUGAUAUGAAUUCUCGUACAAAACAAUUGCGGAAUAUUACGCUCAAAGAAUCACAAGAACUUAAUCAUUGGGAAUAUCACGAAAAAACCAGAAAUGCUGCAGAACUUGUUUAUAAACCAUCAAAAUCCCAAACAUUUCGUAACAUUUUUGAGAUCAUCAUACAAGAUGCCAAAGAAGAUUUGACGGUAGAAGCAGUUGCACAAACCUUGAUUCCACAAGUAUUUGAGAGAUAUAAAAAAUCAUGCUGCGAAUACGCAAGGUGGGAAGAACUUACAUGCUCCAAAGGCAGCAUUUUAUGGAAGAACGUUUCAAACGUAAAUCAUGAGCUUGAUAUCAUAGAUGAUUACAUGAAAAUGGAACGAAAUCAAAAAUUACUUGAUACACUCACUCAUCUUUCUCAAUAUCCAAAACAAAUUGAAAGACUUAAGCAGUUAGCAGAGGUUGUAAAAAUAUUUAAAGUUACUCAGACGAAUGAUGAUUUCAUUUACAAAUUUCAAAUGUUAUUUAAAGGAGAUUACUUGUGGUUAGGAAAGUUGAAUAAUUUUUUUGACAUUUACAAUUCUCAUCUUUCGAUAAUUGAUGAAAAUUGUUGGGAAUUGAUUAAAGAAUUAUCAGAUGCCAGCGACUUUAUAGUAUUUCUUAGAUCUGUGGCAGAGCAUGAUAUUAAAAAUUUGAUUAAUGGUGUGGAUGAUCAUUCGGAUGAACGUCUUAUUCAAGAAGAUACUGUAUCAUCACUUAUUCAAGUCAAACAAUUUUUGCUCCCAUUACUUAAUGCUAAUUCCUUGUCUCUUAAGCAAUUUUUACACGAAUUACGAGGUAUUACUGAUGCAAAUCCUUCUUUAGGUAGUAAAAUAGCAUUAUGUAAUAGCAGUAAUAUGGCAUUACAAAAUAUGUAUAAUAAUAUUUCGAAUCGAGGCGAAGUGACCAAAGAAAAGAUACGUAAUGCGGUAAAAAAAGGAACAUAUACAUUCAAACGAGUAAGUAAAGAUGAUAAAUGUUCUAUAAUGCUAACAUAUCCAUCUAGCACCGAGUCCAAACCGUACAGCUUGAAUGAUUUGCAUGAUUUACGUGGACGAGCUCUUUUAAUUUCUAAGCCUGGAAAUGCAGUAGAUUUAGCAGCGAUUCACGGCGAUGACGAUGUAGCAAAGAAUGUGAUGGAUGAAUUUGUAGUACAGGUUGAUUUGGCGAAUGAGAUUAUAAACAUUGCAUCAAAAUUAAUUCAAAUGGGACAUUUUGGAUAUCGAGAAUUUAGUAGAGAUGCAAAAGGAACUGAAAUUUUGCAAAAGUUGGAGCAAGAAUUGAAAGAAGAUUUAAAGCAAUGGGAAGAUAUGGUAAAUAAGGCACAAGAAAAACAUUACUAUCUGACCUUCUUUCCUGCACGUCACAUCCUUGCCUUUUAUGAUUAUUUCACGAAUAAAGAUGAUCCCAAUAAUGCAGAACAGAUUCUUAACAACGAAGAAUGCAAUACGCUAAUACGGUUUGUUAACAGUGAAGCUACGUUGCCACCACGCUCUGCAGAACUUAUUAUCUCAAAUGACAAGCAAAAUUAUUAUCAAAUUCUUUGCCAAAUUGGAACCAAAUUACAAAACAUUUUUGAAAGUGUACCUAAAAAAAAACGAUAUGUUAAAGACAAGGGUGGGCGCAUUAUGUCGGAUGUUGUGUAUCGAGGAAAGUUGUUUGUUGCUGCAUGUAGCGAUAAAAACCUUGUUCCUAAUAUUAUCAUGAGUUUGUAUGUCAAUCAUGGGUAA